AUGUCCAAUACGUCUUCUAUAGACGCAAGCUCGCCCACUACGGCAUGUGCCGUUUGCGAGGCUCCCAAUCCUGCUACUACUAAUACUUCUUCCACUUUCAUAUGUGAAGUUUGCAGUGAUAUUAUCUCGGCAUCAUAUGAUAUCGCUGAUGAUGAAAUGCUCACCAAGGUUACAAUGGAAAAAUAUGAUGCUUACUACAAACAAUUUGAGUCUGCUACUAAUUCGGCACCAUCGAGAAUACCGAAUCCUACUAUGGAAGAUUUGAUGGUCGAUUUGACUCCUCUCUUACCGCAGGUCCAACUUCGAUCAGAACCUCCUCCUCAUCGUACAUCCAUGCGUCUCAAGAAAAGAAAACGAGGUCAUAAUCUCGACUGA